UCAGUACCGACUCUUGCAUGCACACUACAUUGUCUGCAAUUCACUUGCAAGAAAGCGAGUGUUGAGGCCAUUGAGUGUGAUGAUCUUUGGCAUGCAGCAUUUAUGAACCGGAUUGGUGCAAUGGUAGAGGAUCUGGGUAUGCUGAUGUUUACUAAUGGGAGCUCAAAGGAUGACCGUACACCACACAGAAAGUAUGGAUGGGGGCUAGAGGGAUUUAGGUGUACAAAAAAACAGUGCUUUGUGCCCAGGCAGCGCUAUUCACUCCUUCUGAUUCUAACCCUGGAUGUAUUGAUCACGUAUGAGAUAGUUGAGGGAUUUGUGACAUCAGCACACUUUGUGUAG